AUGUGGAAGUGCAACUUCAUAUAUGGAAACCCAUGUUCUAGAAGAAGAAAAGAACAAUGGAGAGCUAUCACAGCGAAUAAUGACAACAAGGAGGAGCCACAAUUAUUCAUAGGAGAUUUCAACGACAUUUUGAGCCAAGAGGAGAAAAUUGGUCUGCAUCCAAAGCCAAAAGCCAGACAUAAAGGGAGGAAGAUUCACAUGGUUCAGUGCCAAUUAGUUUUGGACAUAAAUCAAGUUCAAAGAACAGAGAAGAGUUUCAAAUUCGAGACCUUUUGGAUCGAUUAUGAUGAGUGCGAGAAUACAGUAAGAAAGGGAUGGGAUAAGGAAAACAUCCAAGGAUGCGUUUGGAAAGGAAUAACAAGUAGAAUGGAAAAUUGUAAAGAGGAGCUUAAAAAGUGGAGCAAGAGGACAUUUAAACGAGCAGACAAAGAAAUCCAAAAGCUAAAGAAGGAAUUAAAGAAGCUACAAGAUUCGAAAUUAACACAAGAGAAGCAGGAGAAAAUACAACGGAUAAAGAAGAAUAUAGCUGCUUUAUGGAAACAGGAAGAAAAAUUUUGGGAACAAAGAGCCAGGUUGAAGUGGUUGAAAUGGGGAGACAAUAACACAUCUUUGUUCCAUACCACAACCAUUCAAUGA